GUUGCAGUUACAGAAUACCGGAAGCGGUGCUAGCAGCAACAUGGCGAACUUCGUGGAGGCGAAAACUCAAGCGGAGUUUGAGUCUAUCCUGGUCAAAGAUGGCUCUCGAUUCGCGGUGGUUCACUUCCAAGCGUCAUGGGCUCCCCAGUGCGGCCAGAUGAACGAAGUGUUGACCGAGCUGGCCAAGCAAUAUACUAAAGCAGCAUUCGUCAAGCUGGACGCUGAAGCGGUGCCUGAGGUGUCGGAGAAGUACGCCAUCGCAUCCGUCCCCACGUUUGUCCUCUUUAAGGGCGGCGUGCAAGUGGACCGGAUGGACGGGGCCCACGCUCCGGAGCUCACAAAGAAGGUCCAGCGCCUGGUAGCGAGCGGGGACUCGGAGCCCGAACGAGGCCCGGCUGACCUAAACGAGCGGUUGAAGAAGCUGAUCAACGCGGCGCCUUGCAUGCUGUUCAUCAAGGGCACCGCCCAGGAGCCCCGUUGCGGCUUCAGCCGGCAGAUGGUGGCCCUCCUCAACGAGAGAAACAUCAAGUUCAGCACCUUCGACAUCCUCUCCGACGAAGAAGUGCGCCAGGGUCUGAAAACCUACUCCAACUGGCCAACCUACCCGCAGUUGUAUGUCAAAGGCGAUCUGGUGGGCGGCCUGGACAUCGCCAAGGAGCUGGCCGAGUCCGGCGAGCUGGAGAGCGUCUGCCCAAAGGCUGUCACCCUUGAGGAUCGACUCAAGGAGGCCAUCAACCGGAGCCCAGUGAUGUUGUUCAUGAAGGGCAGCAAGGAGGCGGCGCGUUGCGGCUUCAGCCGGCAGAUCCUGGAGAUCCUGAAUGGCGCCGGAGUGGACUACAACACGUUCAACAUCCUGGAUGACGAAGAAGUCCGCCAGGGGCUCAAGACUUACUCCAACUGGCCCACCUUCCCACAGUUGUACGUGAAGGGCGACCUCAUCGGAGGUCUGGACAUUGUCAAGGAGCUUCAGGAGAGUGGCGAGCUGCUAACCGUUCUCAAGGGGGACUCUUAAGACACGGGUGUCAAACUCGAGGAUCACAUUCAGCCUGCUAGAACAAACCACAAACAUCUUCCUCAUGUUUGUUUGUAAAAUCUGUACCAAAAUU